AUGUCUGGGAUAUAUGAUAGAUUCAACAAGGGUCUAUCAAAUGGUAUCAGAGCUGUUGAUGUUGGGGAAGAAAUGAUAGCAAGGAGGAUAAUCCAAACAGAUCUGCUAGAGAUGGUGAAGCUAAUGGAGAUGCAUCAGGAAGGGAGGGAGGCUGAGAAGGCUAAAUGGAGAAAAUUUUAUUACUCAACCUUAAAGGAGAAGGACAAAGUAGUCCAUGAAGAAGAAGAAAAAUCCUUGGAAAUUAUUGAGUUGGAAUCGGAUGAUGAAGAAGAAUCAUUGGAAGUUACCGAGUUGGAAUCGGAACCUAUGAUGGAACCUCAGCUUCCAUCAUCACUGUUGUCGGCUUCACAACUUUCUCCACCACCUUCACCAUCGCAGUUUACACCAGCUCUAGGAUUCGAAAAGAGAAACGAGGCUACAAUUUUGUUCAUGGCAAGCCCUAAUCAUAGCGUUAGGAAGUUGGGAGUGCCUUUGUUCGAUAACCACAUACCACCAGUGUCGUCGUCCCCCUGCCCUGCACCACCACCGCUGCCGUUUUCCCCACUACCGUUGGCACCGCCAUCGUUACUACAACUGUCUAGUUUUGUAGUAAAGGGAGGAGGAACGCUUGACCUAAUUCCGAACCAUGGAGAACUGAACGAGAAGUUUUAG